GUGACCGUGUAGGCUUUGUCGAGUGCAAUGAGUUUUCCGGGCUAUGAUUGGCGAUCUCUCUUUCAUGCCGAAGGCUCUUCUUCUUCCUUCUUUCCCUGAGCUCUUAACAUCAUCCUUUCUUCCGUGAAAUAUUCAACACGUCACAAAGCGGUCAAGAUGGCUUGCAGCAGUGUCCCCGUUCAGGAAUUGCCAGAAAGUUUGUUCGGCCAGGAGGUUUAUUACCACGAGACGGGCCUCCUCGACGACUCCAUCACCAUUGAACGUCAUGUUGUGGGUGAUGGGACCUUCGCAGAGGUCCGAACAACGUACCUGCCUGGGGCAGAUGGCGUUGUCGCUAAGCAGAUUAAGAAGCGGGAUGGAAUUCUCCACAUGGUCAGGGCUGAGGCUGAAGUCUGUCUGCAACUCCGGCACCCUAACAUCGCGGCGUGUUUCGGAGCUGCGCACACUAGCAGCUAUGCAUUUUUGUUUUUCGACCAGAUCAACGGCCGUCCACUCUCUCAAUGGACACAUGACUUCAAGGCCCAUUACAGGCGUAGUCCCGGCGAAGAGGAUAUCCGUCCGUUCUAUUGGCAGGUUCUACACGCCCUGCACUACCUUCAGACGGGAUAUCUGGUUCAUGCCGAUCUGCAUGAUGAGAACGUGAUGAUCACGGACAACAACGAGAAAGCCAUCCUCAUAGAUUUUGGUUGGGUGCAGACCUUCCGCGAGGGAAAGCCAGGUAUGAACCGGCCAAGCAGCUACGCGUACCCGCCGGAGAUGGUCGACCAGCAGCUUGGUAUCGACCACAAAUGCGACGUUUUUUUCUGUGCCAGCAUGUUCUACACAGUUUUAUUCGACGAAGGUCCGUUUGGCGUAGUUGAAGGCGUUGACAUACCAGAUCAACUCAAGAUCGUUCGGGCUGGUAUGUGCGUGAAGCCAUGCACAGCGUCGUCAGAGCCGCUCCAAGAUCUGCUGCAUCGCUGCCUCGCGUACGAUGCAAACGACAGACCAUGCGCCGCGGAGGCUCUGCUUUUCCAGUGGUUCGCUGGCUCAAAUUUCACCAGGCCAGAGCUCAGACAGUACACGCAAUACAUACCGCCACUUAAUCCUGCGCAGCUGGAUCGCACCAUUGUUGAGAAGAUCCGUAGGGCGUGGGGAUCAAAACCAGAUCAAGUAGUCCACAAUAUACUAUUCGAAAAGAACGGAGCAAUGGCGAUUGCAUACCAGGCCGGGCUGUUCUCGGCUGGGCAAUUCUUCGCACCGGAGGCAACACCGACGAAGUAGAUUAUAUUCAGCAUCGAAUCCAU